CCCCCCCGCCCCGCCUCUUGUCUGCCCCAUUCACGCCUGACCGCUGCACGAUUCACGAACUCCAAUAACGACACACUACAACGCCCUAACGACAACGACACAACACAACCCCACAACCACGCCCUAACGACAACGACACACCACAACCCCACAACCACGGCCCAACGGCCACCUUCACGAUGACGACCUUCCACCCCCACCACCCCGAGCACGCCCCACCGUCGUACCUCGACCGAGACACAGACCUCGUCUCCCUCCGCAGCGCCGCACCCUCCUACACCUCCUCCCUCCCACCCACCUACUCCCCACGAACCUACACCUCCCUGAUCCCGGCGCACAUGAGCAGCACGCCAGAGCUGAUCCCAGCGCACCACGCCUACAACGUGGCGUCGUGGCCGUCUCUCUCCAACCAAUCGCAGUCGCGCGCGUACCUGAACGUAGCUGCGCGGCGGGCGCGGCGGGCGCAGGAAGAGGCGCAGGCGGGAAUCGAGGCGGAUGCGGUGCGGCGCGCCCUGCGGAUGGGGAUGGGGCAGGGGUCGGCGGCAGGCGCGAGUCGGGCGAGGCUGGAUGCUAUGCUUGAGGAGGAGGGGGAUGCCGUGGGCUUUGAGGAUGCGCUAAGGAUGGAGAGCAGGAGCUGGGAUUUCUUUACGGCCCAGAUGAGUGAUUGGGAGCAUCGGCAGGUUAGCUGGAAGGCGUUUAAGGCGAGGCAUGAGAAGGGGAGUGGGAGUGCGAACGGGAAGGGCAAGAAGGGGAAGGGGAAGGCGAGUCGCUGGGGGUUCUAUGGUCGCCUCGGGUAGGCGGGAUUGUGGUUUGUCCUUCCGCCCUUUCUUUUUGGUUUAUCUAUGCUACAAAGGGAGUUUUGUUGCUUUCCGAAAUGUCGGCUUUUUUGUCCUUCUCUUUCCCUUCUGUCGGGCGCUGGUUCGGGUGUCGCUGAUUUAUCCCGUGUGUGUUCUUUUCUUCUUUUCUUUUCUUUUCUUUUCUUUUCUUUU